ACUGCACGGAUGCAGGGCAUGUAGGAGCUAGCAUUAUUUAUAAGCUGUUUGAUGUUUUUCUUUAGUAAUUAAAAAACUGACACGACGAGUUCGGCACUCUGAAACGGAAGUUCGUCCCAGAGCAGCGCUCCGGAAGCUGCGCGCGUUACCAUGGCGACUGCAGCGCGUCCUGUUGUCAUGAUGCAGGUGAGAUGAACGGACUCGAGCUGUAGAUCAUGCUGUCCAGCGCGCCGCACGCCCGCGGCUUCAUCCACAAACCCGCGCGGAGGAGCGAGAGCAAGCCGCGGCCCGAGGCUCCGAGGCUCACCGAUCUCUCUCGAGCGCUUCAGCUGCUUCAGGACCCGCUCUCGUCCUCGUUAAAAGAAAGGCAGAUUUUCAUCCUGAAGAAGGUGGUAAAACAAUGCCAGCAUGGAUUUCUUUUGAAGGACCUCGCCGACGUGUUUAAGAUUAUAAAUCUUUGUGCUGAAAGAGUGUCUGAUCAUCCGGAGUAUGCCCGAAUCCUCUGUGAUUUCCUUCAGAUAAGCAGUCUUCCCUUCCUGAAGGAGAAAGCAUCUGAUGAGAUGAGCUACGCCUCUGUGGUGACAGACUGUGUGUCUCAGAUGGGUUAUCUGAUGAGGAUCCCGCUGCUGGAGGUACGUCUUCAGAUCUGCUCCACUGUGAUCGCCUUCUACAGCCGCGACAAACACACACACAGCUCUGAUGGUCUUUCUCCUGCCCGUCUGGACUACAGAUCUCUGAUGCUGGAGCGCAGUGGUAUUUCUGAGACGCUGGUCAUGUCUCUGGCCCUGACGGAGGAGCAGCUUCCGGUCAAACUGCGUCUCCUGCAGACGCUGCAGAUCCUGUCCAGAUCAUCAGUCAACUGUAAUCUGAUGCUGAGAGCUCGGGCCGCACACAAGAUCUGCUUCCACAUGAGUGAGGGUGAUCCGUCUGGAGAGCUGCUCUUCAGAUCCUCCGAGAUCCUUUGGAACCUGCUGGAGAACGGCUCUCGACAGGAAGUGACCUCACAGCUCAGCAGCAGCGACUGCAUCGCAUCUCUGAAGGACGCGUUCCUCCACCUGCUUCUGAACGGUUUCCGUCAUCAUGAGCGUCAACUGAGGAACGACCUGCUGGUGCUGCUGACUCUGAUCUCAGAGAAGCCUGGCGCUCCUUUGAUUGAGAGCGGCUUUCUCAAGCAUCUCAUGCCAUUCAUCACGUUUCCCGAGCUGAAGAGCCACAAUCCUCAGGUGAGGAACCUCAAACUGACCUUCAGCCAGGAGGACUUUGAGAUGAAGAAGCUCCUGCUGAACAUCAUUGUUGUGCUGUCUCAGGAUCUGGCCGCUCUGCAGUUGUUCAGAGAGGGCCGUGUGAUGCUGGCUCUGAUGCUGCUUGUUAAGCCGAGCUCGUCUGCGGUGCGCAGCGGCAGACGCAGCUGGACGUGCAGACAGCAGGAGGAGCUGCAGCUGCAGGCUCUGUCCACUCUGAGCUCGCUCGCUCCGCUGAUGCUGGACGAAUACAUCAGUUGUCAGGCCAACACUUGUCUGCUGCUGCUGCUGGACUGCUGCCUGCAGGACGACUCCUUGGGUGAGCAAGGUCAGGGUUUCCAUGGCAGUGGCGGGAAGAAGGCUCAGCUGCGUUACUGUGUGCGUCUGCUCAGAUCUGUGGUGUUUGUGCAGCAUGAGCCGCUUCAGCAGGAUCUGUGUGAUCAGGGAGCCAUCGGCCAACUCUUGGGUGUGCUGCGCCGGUUCCUGGGGAGGCCAGAGGAUGAGGACGCUGUGGCUCUGGAGAUUCAGACGGACUGUCUGUUGCUUCUAUCUUUGCUUUGUGAGAGAGACCUGCACAGGAAGGAGCUGUUCGGCCGCGACGGGGUAGAGGUGCUGAUCCAGUAUCUGAGUCUGGACCCUGCGCUGGUCUUCAGCGGUCUGGGUCACAAUAAACUGCUGCUGUCUGCCAUUGACUGUCUUUGGUCGUGUGUUGUGGGCUGUUUCGGGACGGAGGACGUGUUUGUGUCCGGUGGCGGCGUGGAUCUGCUGCUGCAGCUGCUGCAACGGAGCCCCAGACGCGUGCUGCCUCCGCUCAUGGCCGUGCUGCUGGAGCUGUGUGAGAACCCUCAGGCCGUGCUUCAUCUGCUGCGCUGGAGUGGAGCACCACAGCUGCUGCUGAACAUCUGGAGGAGAGAGGAGGAGCAGAUGGGCGUCUCACGGGAUCCUCAUGGCACCAUCGCUGAUGUGAAGCGGCCGAUCGCCUCUCAACACCAGGAUGAAUCUUCAUCAUCAUCAUCACAUGACGUCAGUGCUGCUGUCCGAGACGUGUCAGAAAACCUGCGUGCAAACAUCUUCUGCAUCUUCUGCAAACUGGGAUUUGAGAGUCUAUCGGGUUUGAGCGCCGAAGAUCACGUCACGCUCAGCAUCAUCCACCGAUACCUGGACUUCAAGGUGUGUGAGGUCGUGCGGGAGCUCUGGAGCGAGGCGGGAGAUGAAGCGGCGCUGACCAGUCUGCUGCAGGUCAGUGAAGACACGGCUCAGAGCGUCCGCUCGUUGCAGCAAAGCAUUCUGGGCCGGCAGCAGCAGGAGGAGCUGCAGGAGGAGCAGAGGCUGUAUUCAGAGAUCCGCUUCACUCACAAGCAGAGGGAGAUCGCAGCAGAUGCCUGGAGGAGCUUCGUCACCAGGACCUCAAACUACAGCGCUCUGAAGGAGUUCAGACGUGUUCGGGAGGAACGGAGCAUCAACGAGCCCUCAGACGCCGAGACCAAUAAACCGGACCCUGAAUAGAGAGAGUACAGCACACUCAACGCAUUUAAUACCACAUAUACACGCUCUGCUGUUUGAACGCUUGCCAUCACUGAAGGGACAUAUCUGGGUGAUCUAUCCCUUUAGCCAGAAUUAGCAUGCUAGCAAUCACUGCUGGACCAAUGAGCUAACAUGACUUGAUGAAACGAUGAGGAACUGAAGCAAAGCCAAAUAUGAAAGCUGAAUGUUAGCAUUUGAAUAAUGACUAAUAAAGUGACAUGUGAUAGCCUGAACUGUGUGUUUCUCAAGCUUCUGUGGUGUACUUGAGUUUCAAUCACAAAAGGCUUUUCUAUCUAAAGAAAGCUUUAUAUAUCCCACCAAACAUUUUCAAUUUUCUCUCUUUCUUGCGGUUAUGCUCUCUGAGACUCUUAUCACACAUCUCCUGAAUGAGUUUAUAUCAAAAUCAGACAAGGAAGUCAUCUCAUAUGUAAACAUAUGCUUGUGGAAAAUAAAUAUAAAUUCGCUUAUGUUAC